AUGUUGUUGCGACGUCGAAGUUGUGCGGCGAUUUUCGGAUUUUCGAUGAUUCUGUCGAUUUAUGUGUGGAUUUCGAUGUGGCCAAUCGAAAAUGAGAUCAAAAAUGAAGGCGAAAGGGAUGUUGUGGAGGUCAGUUUUUAUAUAUGAUUUAUCGAUUUUUUGGGGGGAAAAACUUUUUUGAUACAGUUGGAAAUUUUCGCGCUAAAAAAUAGAAAUUUGAAUUUUUUUGACUUCAGAAAUAUGAAAUUCGAGAAUUUUUUGCUCUGAAAAUUUGAAAAUUGCAUUUUUUUUUUGAUUUUAACAUUUUCGCGCGAAAAAAAUUGAAUUUUGAAAAAUUUUUGCUCUGAAAAUUUGCCACGUGGAUUUUUUUCCUGAAAUUUUAGAUUUUCGGUGCCGAAAAAUGGAAUUUUGAAAUUUUUCGCGAAAAAAUUUGCCACGUGGCAUUUAUUUUUCGAAAUUUGAAUUUUUUUUCGUGCUAAAAAUUUGCCACGUGGCAUUUUUCCUGAAAUUUUGAAAUUUGAACAUUUUUUUUAAAUUUAUGUUCACAAUUAUAAAAUUCGAAAGAUUUUUAUAAAAAUCAGGAAAAAUUCACUUUUUCACCCGAAAAUCACUAAUUUUCAAGGUGUAAACGCGGAGUGUCGUUGGAAAAAGGAUAAUAUCCAAAUUUUUUACAGAAUUCAAGCCUGGAACUCUCAUUUUCUGCGGAUCCAUCAAAAGAAAUCGAGGUGGAUUUAGACGAACUCGCAAAAAUCAAUGGAAAAGCCGAAGAGAAAUUGAAAGAGGCUGGCUACAAAAAAUAUCAAUUCAAUGGAUUGCUCAGCGAUAAAAUCGGAAGUCGUCGGAAAAUUCCGGAUUCGAGACAUUCGAAAUGUUUGGCGAAGGAAUAUUCGAAGGAUUUGCCAGCCGCUUCGAUUAUUGUUUGUUAUUUUAAUGAAUCGCCUUCGGUUAGUUUUUGGAGGGAAAAAAAGAAAAAAAGUUAGGCGCCGGGUGGGGAUCGAACCCUGGUCUCUCGAUUCAAAGGCACGCACGCUAACCACUCGACCACGCGCUGCUUUUUCUUUAAGCAGAAAAAUUGUCAUUUUAAAAUGCGCGCUAGAAUUUUGUAAAAUGAGAUUUUCCCGAACUGCGAGGAUUACUGUAGUUGAAAACAUCAGACUGCAAGGAUUACUGUAGUUGGAAUCCUCAGACUGCAAGGGUUACUGUAGUUGAAAAGCUCAGACUACAAGGAUUACUGUAAUGUAAGACUGUAGCAAGGUAUACUGUAACCAGAGGGUACUGUAGUUCCCAGAGACCACAAGGAUUACUGUAAUCAGACUGCAAAGUAUACUGUAGUUAUUUAGAUUCUAGAAAAAACUUCAAAAAAAAUGCCACGUGGCAAAUAUUUCGAAGAGUACUGUAGAUCCCGGACUACAAAGACUACUGUAGUUUGAAAAUCAUUCGAAAUCCAAAUAUUUGGAACAAAAAAUUUUUGAAACUAAAUUCUUCUAGAAAAACUUUCAAUUCAAGGAUUACUGUAGCCUAAGGGGUUCUUCGAACUGCAAGGAUUACUGUAGUUGAAAACCCCAUGAAAAAAAUAAAUCCAUUUUUAGCGCGAAAAAUUUCAAAAUUCAAAUUUUUCUAGAAAAAUACUGAAAUCUAAAAAAAAUUCUUAAAAUUUCAAAAAAAAACCCGAAUUUCCUUCCAAUUUUCGAGCUGCAAUGGUUACUGUAGUUGAAAAGUUCAGACUGCAAGAAUUACUGUAUCCUGAAUGUUUUCCGAGCUGCAAGGGUUACUGUAGUCUUAGGGAUUCCACAAACUACAAGGAUUACUGUAGUUGAAAACCUCAUUAAAAAAAUAAAUCCAUUUUUAGCGCGAAAAAUUUCAAAAUUCAAAUUUUUCUAGAAAAAUACUGAAAUCUAAAAAAAUUCUUAAAAUUUCAAAAAAAACCCGAAUUUCCUUCCAAUUUUCGAGCUGCAAUGGUUACUGUAGUUGAAAAGUUCAGACUGCAAGAAUUACUGUAUCCUGAAUGUUUUCCGAGCUGCAAGGGUUACUGUAGUCUUAGGGAUUCCACAAACUACAAGGAUUACUGUAGUUGAAAACCUCAUUAAAAAAAUAAAUCCAUUUUUAGCGCGAAAAAUUUCAAAAUUCAAAUUUUUCUAGAAAAAUACUGAAAUCUAAAAAAAAAUCUAAAAUUUCAAAAAAAAACCCGAAUUUCCUUCCAGGUCCUGAUUCGAAUGGUAAAUUCAAUCUUCGAUCGAACAAACAUCGCUGAAAUCUCUGAAAUUCUACUCGUCGAUGAUUCAAGCGAAUGGCCCGACGCAACAAAUCAGGCAAAAAUCUACCAAAAACUGCAUCCCGAAAAAUGGCGGCUCGUCAAAUUCCUGCGCACCUCUCAAAACGAGGGGCUGAUUCGCGCGAAAAUCUUUGGCGCCAAAAAGGCGCGCGGUCCCGUCCUGGUGUUUUUGGACAGUCAUUGUGAGGUGAAUGAGGGUUGGUUGCCACCGAUGUUGGAGCAAAUUAAAGAGCAAAGAACACGUGUGGUUUGCCCGAUUAUUGAUAUUAUUGAUGCGCAUUCGAUGCGGUAUAUUGGUUCGCCUGUUUGUACAGGAGGCGUGAAUUGGGCAAUGACUUUUAAAUGGGAUUAUCCAUCGAGAGCGUAUUUUGAGGAUGCGGAGAAUUAUGUGAAACCUUUGAGGUUGGUUUUGGGCCUUAACAUUAACCCUAAGCACAUUAAGGUUAAGCCUAAGCCUAAGCACAUUAAGGUUAAGCAUAAGCCUAAGCACAUUAAAGUUAAACCUAAGCCUAAGCACAUUAAGGUUAAGCCUAAGCCCAAGCGCACACACAUACAUAGUGUGUGCUUAUUCUUAACCUUAAUGUUCUUAGGCUUAGGCUUAACCUUAAUGUUCUUAGGCUUAGGCUUAACCCUAAUGUGCUUAGGCUUAGGCUCAACCCUAAUGUGCUUAGGCUCAACCCUCAUGUGCUUAGGCUUAACCUUAACCUUAAUGUGCUUAGGCUUAACCUUAAUGUGCUUGGGCUUAGGCUUAACCUUAAUGUGCUUAAGCUUAGGCUUAAUGUGCUUAAGGUUAAGUUUAAUGUACUAAAUGUACUUAUAUUAAAAUUAUGGUUAAGCUUAAGGUUAGCUUAGGAUAAAGUUAAGGUCAAUUUUUUCUCGAACUUUUGAGAAACUCUAAAAAUUUCCCCCCUUGCAGUCUGGGAGCUACCGUAAUCCUAACAAGCCUCUGGUCAGUAUACCUUGCUGCAGUCUUACAUUUUUGAGCUACAGUAAUCCUCGCAGUCUGGGAAAUCCUCGGGCCACAGUAACCCAAAUUUCCGUGGAAUUUCAAACCCGGAGAUCCGAAAUUUUUUGAGUUUUUCAAAAGCCACGUGGAUUUUCACGCGCGAAGUUCAAAUUUAAUUUUUUUGCAGAUCUCCCACAAUGGCUGGUGGACUUUUUGCCAUCGAUCGCGAUUACUUUUUCGAAGUCGGAUCCUAUGAUGAAGGAAUGGAUGUUUGGGGAGCUGAAAAUGUGGAAAUCUCGUUUAGAGUUGGUUUUUUUUGGGGGGAAAACACAAUUUAAACUUCAAAAAAAAUGAUUUUCGAAAGAUUAGAGCGAAUUUCAUACGCUGGCCGAGUUUACGACAUUUCACGGCCACCAAAAUAGUUCGGCCGUGGCCAAGAAAUGUCGGAAACUCGGCCAACGCAACAAAAUCGCUUUAAAGUUUCGAAAAUCAUUAUUUUUAGGAUGCAUGGCCGAGUUCCCGAUAUUUCUCGGCCACGGCCACAUUUUUAUUCAAUUUUUUCAAAAAUUUCAGAUUUGGACAUGUGGCGGUGAACUCCUGAUCCUUCCUUGCUCCCGAGUCGGUCACAUUUUCCGCGCGCAACGUCCCUACGGUCUCAAAACCGAUUCGAUGGGCAAAAAUUCGAUUCGAGUCGCCAAAGUUUGGCUCGAUGAAUAUAUCGAGAAUUUCUACGAGGCUCGACCGAGUUAUCGACAUUUUACGGAUUUCGGCGAUGUUUCGGCGAGAAUUCGGCUCAGAAAAGAUCUGAAAUGCAAACCGUUCAAAUGGUAUUUGGAGAGUAUUUAUCCACAAUUGUUGCCUGAUAAUACGCCCGAAGAUUUGGAUGAGAGCAAAAUGACAGCGGGCAAAAAAUAUUUGGUGAGUGACUAAUAUGAGCAAUGUUUUUUGUUUGGGAAAAAAAUCAAUAAUUCAGAAAAUGUUCAAAUUAAUAUGAGCAAUGCUAAAUUUCAGCUUAAUAUGAGCAAUGCUAAAUUUUCAGCUUAAUAUGAGCAAUGCUAAAUUUCAGCCUUAAAUGAGCAAUGCUAAAUUUUGGCUUAACAUGAGCAAUGCUAAAUUUGAUCUUAACAUGAGCAAUGGUUACUGUAGUUGAAAACCCCAGACUGCAAAGAUUACUGUAGCCUGAGGGUUUUUCGAUUUGCAAGGAUUACUGUAGCCGUAGGAAUUUCAGCCAAAAUUUUCAGAAAAAAAUCCUAAUCUGAGUAAUGUUUUUUUGAAGUUAAUAUGAGUAAUCCUAAAUUUCAGCCAAAUUUUGAAAGUUUCUGAAAAAUUCUUAAUAUGAGCAAAUCAUCUAGUAAAAAUGUCGAUUUUUCAAAGAAAUUCUAAUCUGAGCAAUGUUUUUGGAAUUUUUUCUCAAUAAAAAUUAAUUUUUCAGAUCCGCCUAGCAAAUUCCUCCCACUGUCUGUCAGCUGAAUCAAAUCAAGGUCGAAUCUCAAUCGGAAAUCGUGUCGAACUUCGAAAAUGUCAUCAAUCCAGCCGCGAACAACAAUGGAAAUUCACACAAAAAGGCGAACUGAGGCCGAUGGGCUCGUCGCGACUUUGUUUGGAUUCGCUGCGCGGAGUUGGAUUGUUGUCGUGUCAUAAUCAGGGAGCACAUCAAUUGUGGAAAGCUUCGGUGAGCGAAAAAUUCAGUGGCCGUGGCCGAGAAAUGUCGGGAAUUCGGCCAGCGCAUGAAAUUCGCUCUAUAGAUAAUGAUUCUCGAAACUUUAGAGAGAUUUUGUUGCGCUGGCCGAGUUUCCGACAUUUCUCGGCCACGGCCACAGAUGUAAUUUAUUGAAAUUUAUGUGGCCGAACUAUUUUGGUGGCCGAGAAAUGUCGGGAAUUCGGCCAGCGCAUGAAAUUCUCUCAAAUGUUUCGAAAAUCAGCGAUUUUUGGGGAGCUGGCCGAGUUUCCGACAUUUCUCGACCACGGCCACAUAACUAGAGUCUAGUUUCAUUUUCUAAUGAGCUACUUGUGGAAUCAAAAACCCUGAAAAUUCAACCAAAAACCCUGAAAAUUAUGAAUUCUCACCAAAAACCCGCCAAAAAACAACGACACUUCGCUUGCCAGUUUGAACAAGCGGAGUAUCGUUGUUUUUUCUCACAAAAUUGCUCGUAGAAUUCGAUGUUUGCGGACCAAAAAAAAUGAGCGGAGCUUCAAAUAUUCAAUUUUUUCCCUUCAGAAAACCGGAAAACUCUACAAUAAAUCCGUCAACAAAUGCAUAAUGGCUGAGGACGAAACAAUGAGUUUGGCACAUUUGCAAUUUUGCUCACUCACUUCACAUUUCGAGUUUGAAGCUGCUAUCUAA